AUGUCUACCCGCUACCACCAAGCUGCUAGUGAUAGCUACCUGGAGCUUUUGAAGGAGGCGACCAAGCGCGAUCUGAAUCUUUCUGACGAAGAUGGCAUGACUCCCACACUCCUAGCAGCCUACCAUGGGAAUUUAGAAGCCCUGGAGAUGAUCUGCAGCAGAGGUGGGGAUCCUGAUAGAUGUGACAUCUGGGGGAAUACUCCUCUACACUACGCUGCCUCCAAUGGCUAUGCCCACUGUGUCUCAUUCCUGGUCAACUUCGGGGCUAACAUCUUUGCCCUUGACAAUGAUUUUCAGUCUCCACUGGAUGCUGCUGCCAGUAGGGAACAAUAUCAAUGUGUUGCUCUCUUGGAUAAGGCUGCCACUACCCAGAACAUCAUGAACCCCAAGAAAGUGACCAGGUUGAAGGAGCAGGCACAGAAGAACGCCAGGAGGCAGAUUAAAGAGUGUGGGAGGCUUCAGGAGAAGCAUCAAAAUAAGAUGGCCCGUACAUACAGCAAGGAGGACUCUGGGACACUUUCUUCUUCGAAGGGUACCUUCUCUAAGUCAUCCUUUUCACAUGCUUCUGCUUCCAGUACCUUUGGAUCAUGGUCAAAGGGCAUUAAAGAUACUUUCCAUUUAAAGUUCAAGAAGAACAAAGAUACAGCAGAGCAGGUAGGCAACGAGAGCAGAAGUGGGCAGAGAAACGUGAUGGAAGUGUUUGCAGAGGAGGAGGAAGACUCCUUCCCGGAGGACUUCAAAGAUCAGCUCCAGUUGUCAGCAAAGGAAGACAACCAUGGACAACAAGAAUCCAUUCUCAACCGUCCAGGUCUAGGGAGUAUAGUUUUUAGAAGGAACAGAAUACUGAGCCCCGAAGAAAUCUUAGACAGGAAGAGGGAGUCGGGGCUUCAAAUGCCCAGUGAAUUGUUUCAGAGACAAGAAACAGCAGAGGCUGGCCAAACUGAGGCUGAUGAAGAGGGAGAGGAAAGUGGCCAUGACGAUGACCUGCCUUGGGAUAAAGACGAAGUGGAGUGGGAGGAAGAUGUGGCUGCUGCUACUCCCCUGGAAGUGUUCUUGCAGUCCCACCACCUGGAAGAAUUCCUUCCUGUAUUCAUGAGAGAGCAGAUUGAUCUAGAAGCUCUGUUGCUUUGCUCAGAUGAGGACCUUCAGAGCAUCCAAAUGCAGCUGGGUCCCAGGAAGAAAGUUCUUAGUGCCAUCAACAGAAGGAAGCAGGUGAUCCAGCAUCCUGGGCAGCUGCUUGACACCAGCCUCUGAUGGAGAGUGUCGGCCCAACAGAGGAAAGCCUCCAACAGUGAGGUGAUGGUAUAGCCCGUUGGAAUUACUGAACGCUUCCUUUGGACCCAAACCCCUCUGGAAAGUUUCUAGGUUGUUAGAGUUGCCUGUGUAAGAAAGAAACUCGAGUCUACACUGGCCACACCCCGUGUUCAUCCAAGUAGACCACCAAUGAGAAACUCAGAGAGACUUGGGAACAAGAAAGUGGUGUCUCUGUUCAAUAAUCUUUUUCUUAUUUUUUGAAUGAUAGUGAGCAAAGACAUGCUUUUGCCCCUCCAUUCUGGACUUAAUUGAUUACUAUAUUCUUUUAUCAUACUACUCAACUGAUUAAUUUUGAUUGUCACAGUCUGGGGCUUCUAACCCCCUUCUGUUCUUAGUUCUGUGUUUGCCUGUUGGUGAUUAAAGUUCUUCUAUCGGCAUAGCUCGACGUCCAGUU